CUCGUCAAAAGCAAACCUUUAUUGUAGUAUAUUUCUUACAGGAACCUUCAAACUGGUUGUUUUCUCCUGUCUCCAAAGGCUGGCAAAGACUAAAAUAAUGGCCGAACAGAUUUAUGAAUGUCAUAUUCUCUCUUCAUUAUUUGGAUAAAGUCAACUAAGAGAACAUGCUCACAAAGUGCCAAUACUGUGACCUUCAACCAUGUAUCUAAUAAGCUUAGCAAUUGGGCAUUUGGUCUAGUGGUAUGAUUCUCGCUUUGGGUGCGAGAGGUCCCGAGUUCGAUUCUCGGAAUGCCCCAUUGAUAUUUUUGAUAAUAUGUUUCAUUCAUACCAGCUCAUAGGAUUCCAUGUCAAUUUUUAUUUUGUCAAGUUUUGCAUAAAAUCACAUUCCGUAAUUUCUAAAAAUUACCUAUUCUAUAUUACAUACAACCCUCUCCCAAGUGUACUAGGUCCCAAAAGUCAACAGAUUGAACUAAAUCCAUAGAAAACUUUUAAUCCUAGUUUUUUUGUGGAAAACAGAAACUAUUGUACACCGAGUAUACAGGCUUAAACAAGUGAAAAAAAAAUAGUUUAAAAAACGAAUCGUCAAACUUUUAGACUCACCAAAAGCAAACCCUUUAUGGUAGUAAUCUUCUUACAUGGGCCAUCAAACUGGCAGUUUUCUCUUGUCACCAAAGUUUGGUAAAGAUUAACAAAAAUAGUCGCACAAAUUUCUGAAUAUCAUAUUUAGCCUUUAUUAUUUGAAUUAAGUCAACUAAGAGAACAUGCUUACAAAGUGACAAUAAUGUGACCUUCAACCAUGUAUCUAAUAUGCUUAGCAAUCGGGCAUUUGGUCUAGUGGUAUGAUUCUCGCUUUGGGUGCGAGAGGUCCCGAGUUCGAUUCUCGGAAUGCCCCAUUGAUAUUUUUUGAUAGUAUGUUGCAUUGAUAGAUGCUUAUAGGUAUUGCAUGUCAAUUUUUCUUUGGUCGGGUUUUGUAACGAAUCACAUUAUGUAAUUUCUAAAAGUUACCUAGUCUAUAUUAAAUACAACCAAGCUCUCCAAAAAAGUUAUGUACUAAGUCUAAAAGUCAACUGAUUGAACUAUAGCCAUGUACAAUUUUAAUCCUAGUUAUGUUUGGGAAAACACAAAAUAUUGUAAACUGAGUAAACGAGCUUCAAAAAUGAAAAAAAAAAUAAUAAUUUGAAAAACUUACCAUUAAAAUUUUAGACUCGUCAAAAGCAAACCCUUAUUGUAGUAAAUUUCUUACAGGAACCUUCAAACUGGUUGUUUUUUCUUGUCUCCAAAGGCUGGCAAAGACUAAAAUAAUGGCCGAACAGAUUUAUGAAUGUCAUAUUCGCUCUUCAUUAUUUGGAUAAAGUCAACUAAGAGAACAUGCUCACUAAGUGCCAAUACUGUGACCUUCAUCCAUUUAUCUAAUAAGCUUAGCAAUUGGGCAUUUGGUCUAGUGGUAUGAUUCUCGCUUUGGGUGCGAGAGGUCCCGAGUUCGAUUCUCGGAAUGCCCCAUAGAUAUUUUCGAUAAUAUGUUUCAUUCAUACCAGCUCAUCGGUAUUGCAUGUCAAUUUUUAUUUUGUCAGGUUUUGCAACAAAUCACAUUCCGUAGUUUCUAAAAAUUACCUAGUCUAUAUUACAUACAACCCUCUCCCUAGUGUACUAGGUCCCAAAAGUCAACAGAUUGAACUAAACCCAUAGAAAACUUUUAAUCCUAGUUUUUUGUGGAAAACAGAAACUAUUGUACACCGAGUAUACGGGCUUAAGAAAAUGAAAAAAAAAUAGUUUGAAAAACUAACCGUCAAACUUUUAGACUCACCAAAAGCAACCCCUUUAUGGUAGUAAUCUUCUUACAUGGGCCAUCAAACUGGCAGUUUUCUCUUGUCACCAAAGUUUGGUAAAGAUAAACAAAAAUAGUCGCACAGAUUUCUGAAUAUCAUAUUCAGCCUUUAUUAUUUGAUUAAGUCAACUAAGAGAACCUGCUCUCAAAUUGCCAAUACCGUGAGCUUCAACCAUGUAUCUAAUAAUCCAAGCAAUCGGGCAUUUGGUCUAGUGGUAUGAUUCUCGCUUUGGGUGCGAGAGGUCCCGAGUUCGAUUCUCGGAAUUCCCCAUUGAUAUUGUUUUUUAUAGUAUGAUGCAUUGAUAGAAGCUUAUAGGUAUUGCAUGUGAAUUUUUCUUUUGGCUUGUUUUGUAACAAAUCACAUUCCGUAAUUUCUAAAAAAUUACCUAGUCUAUAUUACAUACAACCCUCUCUGAAAAUAUAUGUAGUAGGUCCGAAUAGUAAACUGAUUAAAAAUAAGCCGUACGCAACUUGUAAUCAUGGUUUUGUUUGGAAAAACAGAAAAUAUAGCACACUGAGUAAAUUGAUUCAACAAUGAAAAAUAUAGUUUGUAAUACUAAACGUUAAACUUUUAGAGUCGCCAAAAGCAACUUUUUUAUCCUUGUAAAUUUCUUACAAGGACCUUAAAACUUGCAGUUUUCUCUUGUCACCAAAGGUUGGUAAAGAUAAACAAAAAUUGUCGCACAGAUUUCUGAAUAUCAUAUUUAGCCUUUAUUAUUUGGAAUAAGUCAACUAAGAGAACAUGCUUACAAAGUGCCAAUAAUAUGACCUUCAACCAUGUAUCUAAUAUGCUUAGCAAUCGCGCAUUUGGUCUAGUGGUAUGAUUCUCGCUUUGGGUGCGAGAGGUCCCGAGUUCGAUUCUCGGAAUGCCCCAUUGAUAUUUUUCGAUAGUAUGUUGCAUUGAUAGAUGCUUAUAGGUAUUGCAUGUCAAUUUUUCUUUGGUCGAGUUUUGUAACGAAUCACAUUAUGUAAUUUCUAAAAAUUACCUAGUCUAUAUUACAUACAACCAAGCUCUCAAAAACAAUUAUGUACUAAGUCCAAAAGUCAACUGAUUGAACUGUAGCCAUAUAUAUUAAAAACAUCCAAAAUAUAUAAGAUACUUUUAAGUUAUCUAAAAUACUUGAAAAUAUACAUAAAUAGUCAAAAGUAAAUGUCUAAAAUAGCUAAAAAUAUAUUCAAAACACCAAAAUGCUUGAAAUAGCUAUUGAUUUUCUAUCCAAAUAUUCAAAUAAAACUAAUUUAAAUGUUAAUUUUAGGUAUUUUGACAUAUAUUAUAUAAAUUUAUAUGUAAUAUAUUAUUUUUUUUAUAGAUUAUGAGAAAUUUUAAGCAUAUAAUGAAUAUUAAAAUUUUAAAUAUAAUUUAAAUGGGUUAUCCGAACCUGAACCGAACCCGAACCGAACUUUAGAAAUAUCCGAAUAGGGCUGAAAUCUUUAAAACCAAAAACCCGAAUCCGAUUAGAUCUGAACCAAACCCGAAUGGGUAUCCGAACGCCCACCUCUAAACAUGUCUAUCAAGAUUGGACUCACCAGUGGUGCUCCAUCUUGGGGGGCAUUUUAGAAUAUUCCUUCAGUCCCCUUGAUUGAUACAAUAUUUACUCAUAUUUAAUUGCACACUAUAUUAUUUCCUUAUGCUAUUAUUAUGCUCAUGUAAAUAAGUGUAUAACCAGUCUAUCAAUAAGAUCAUUUUCCAUAUUCAAUAAAAAGCACUGGAAUCUAAGGGCAUCUCCAACCCCACUCUAUUUUUCACUCUAAAAUAGAGUUUAGAGUAAAAAUGCUCCAAUGAUACUCUAUUUUUCACUCUAUAAUAGAGUGAAAAAUAGGUUUACUCCAAAUAUAGAGUAAUUUGUUUUUUUGUUUGUUCAUCACUCUGUUUUCUACUCUAAAAUAGAGUUCAAUUAGAACAAACUCAAACUCUAUUGUAGAGUUAUUCUAUUUUAGAGUAAAAAAUAAAAUAAACCAUUGAAGAUGGUUUAAGUCCAGGCAGAAUCUAGAAGAAAGAGUAAAGGUUGAUGAGAGAGAAACAAAUUUGCAAAGUUCACUUUCGCGCGUCCAAAUAUGAGUCGUCUUUGGUAGAUAAUCUACCGUAGGCUGUAUAAUCUACACACUACACUGAAUCAAAUCUCACAUAUAUAAUUUUGUCAGCAAGCUGAAUAAACUAAAAUACGAAUUCAAUUAGAACUGGUGACCCACCCUUAGGAAAAUUCAACCCAAGUAAUGGAAGAGUUGGUACGGUAAAAUGGACUGUUUCCUAGAUAUAUACAACCAGAUCUGUGAGAUCAUUCUACUAUUCUGAUAUAUGUUAAGCAAAAUAAAAUCCUAAAAUAUAUAUUCUGUGAUCAAAAUUUUAAGUUUAUUUUAGUCUUCGUGCAUGGCUCAUAAACAUAUGGAUCGGUGGUUAAAAUCGUGAGGAUGUGUGAAUCCUCAACAAAAAUACCUUCGAAAUGGUGUAUCCCGUAUAUGUGGGUUAAUAUAUAAUGUGUAAAACAUAUAUACAUAUAUAAGUACAAUUCUCUCGAAUAGUUCUUUUUAAAUUUUUGUUACAAAAAUAACUAUUAAAAAAAGAAAAUGACCAAAACAAUUUCUUUUUAUUUUGAAAAUUUUAAUAUUUAUUUUUGUUUUUUUUUAAUUUGAAACUCUAUCUCCAAAAUCCUACCCUUUAACUCUAAAUCCUAAGUUUAGAUUAGUUAAUCCUAUUUUUACCCUUUAAUAAAACUUAUUUUUGUCAUUUUUUUUUAUUGAAUGCUAUUUUUGUGAUAAAAACUUAAAAAUUGCUAUCCUAUAAAAUUUCUCUAUAUCAUAAUGUUAUCAACUAUUUUCAUAUGAAUUAAAAGAAGAAUUGUUAAAUGUCUUUUUCAUAACGAAAAGGAAUAGAACCAGUCUUUGUACCUUUAAACUCGAACUAAACCUAUUUAUUGUCUCUAGUUAAUUGUCCUUUUUCAAAUUAUACUUUAAGUAGUUUAUAGAUAACUUCUAUUCUAUCAGACUAUUUCUUGUCGUGAUUGAGUUCCUAAUAUUUGUGUUUCUUGUCAUUGGCGUUUUCUACGAGCGGUUGUUUUGACCAGAGACUAACCAAUGAUCAAUACAAAGUAAUAAUAUUCGAAUCAGACCAAACUGAUGUUUAGAGUUGAAGAACGAACAAAACAAUGGGAGAAAAGGAAGAGAAGAAAGAGAAAGGCGAGGAAAUCAUCACCGCCGUUUACAAGGUUCACCUUCACUGCGGGAAAUGUGCAUGCGACAUCAAAAAGCCUCUCCUUCGUUUUCAAGGGGUACAUGGAGUGGAUGUUGAUUUGGAGAAGAACGAAAUCAAAGUAAAAGGGAAAAUAGAAGUGGUGAAGAUUCACAAGCAAAUCGAGAAAUGGAGCAAGAAAAAAGUUGAGCUCAUCUCUCCUAAGCCCUCUGAGGUUAAGAAAACCACCACUACAACAACUACAACUACUUCUGUGGUAGAGAAGAAAACCACCGAGGUGAAGAAGGAUGUUAUUCGCACUACAGUACUAAAGGUACACAUUCAUUGCGCCAAGUGUGACAAAGAUCUUCAGAACAAACUCUUGAAGCACAAAGCUAUCCACAUAGUGAAAACUGAUACAAAAGCCCAAACGCUAACGGUACAAGGGACGAUAGAAUCUGCAAAACUUUUAACCUAUAUAAGGAAGAAAGUUCACAAACAUGCAGAGAUAGUAAGCUCAAAGACAGAAGAAGAGAAGAAGAAAGAAGAAGAGGAAAAGAAAAAGAAGAAGGAAGAAGAGGAAAAAAAGAAAAAGGAAGAAGAGGAGCAAAAGAAGAAAGGAGAGGUCAAAGUAGAAGUGACCAAAACGACUACUCAAAUUGUGGAAUUCAAAGAGAAAGUGAAAGUUGAGGGCCAGAAAGAUAAAGAUGGAAACAUACCUUACUUCGUCCAUUACGUCUACGCUCCACAGUUGUUCAGUGAUGAAAACCCUAAUGCUUGUUGCAUUGUCUAGUUACAUUGUUUUUUUUUGUAACUGGUCUACUUACAUUGUUAAAUGUUCGUGAUGCCGUGCUUACAUGAGAAAUUAUACAAUUAACCCUCAAAAUAUUAUGAUACAAAUUAGAAUGAUGUGUUGACAUGCU